CAAGGAACCUGGUAUUAGAAUAGAUGAGCGGAAGGUCGCUGUAGGGCUUGGUUCGUUUCGUUGUAGAAAUUUGUUUAUACGUGGUUCUAUAACACCUGGUAGGCAAAUUAUCUUUAAUUUGGGAAGGUUUAUCUCACAUUUAGCCUUAGGUAGCUAGUGUUGGUAUUUGUUUGACGAUGGAUAAUCAAGGAAGGAGAGUGGUAGUGUGCGAUAAUGGGACUGGGUUUGUAAAAUGCGGGUUCGCUGGUUCAAACUUCCCUGCCCAUAUUUUCCCAGCGUUGGUUGGACGUCCAAUCCUCAGGUCAACAGCAAAAGAUGGAGAAGUCGAAAUUAAGGACCUGAUGGUCGGUGACGAAGCGAGUCAACUACGAUCGCAACUCGAGGUGAAUUACCCGAUCGAGAACGGGAUUGUACGGAACUGGGAGGACAUGGAGCAUUUGUGGGAUUAUACGUUUGGACCAGAGAAGCUCAACAUUGAUCCGAGUAACUCUAAAGUUCUUCUAACCGAACCCCCAAUGAACCCCGCCAAGAACAGAGAGAAAAUUAUCCAGAGAAUGUUUGAGAAAUAUGGCUUCGACAGUUGUUACAUCGCUGUGCAAGCCGUGCUAACUUUGUAUGCACAAGGUUUACUCACUGGCAUAGUAGUCGACAUUGGUGAUGGCGUGUCCCAUAUUUGUCCUGUGUACGAGGGGUUUGCGCUUCCCCAUCUAACAAGGAGGUUGGAUGUUGCUGGGAGGGAUAUCACUCGAUAUCUUAUUAAGUUAAUGCUUCUCCGAGGUUACGUCUUCAACCAAUCCGCCGACUUUGAAACCGUUCGAAUGAUGAAAGAAAAACUUUGUUAUAUCGCUUCUGGUUGACGAAGCAAGAAUACGAAGAGAAAGGUCUCCGUGUGUUGGAGAAUUUGGGGGUGAAAGUUGGUUAACUUACCAACUGUGUAUAUCAACAUAGAAACAUCAUAAUAGUUGAUAUAUAUGCAGUAUUUAUAUUGGGGACCAAUCAAUGAUUUUAAAACUAUGACGUCAAUUCUGAUCGUGACGUAAAUUGUGAUGCAAUUGUUUGUAAAUAUUCAAUCUAUAUAUACUCUAGUGACGUCAUCUAUCUUGUGACGUCAUGUAUCCACAGUAAUCGCCUUAAUAUGACGUCAUUAUACCGGCUGCUUUUAAUCAUGGUUCGUUCCGAUCUGUUACGUCACAAUGCCCCGUGACAAUGUAUAUUAUUACGUAUAGAAUUGCACUCGAAUAUUUGUGUAAGACAAACCAAGAAACGACAAUAACAUA